GUGCCUGCAGCAAGAAUAUGGCUCCAGUCUGCCUACUGCUAGUGUCAUCAUCUGUUUCCAUGACGAAGCUUGGUCUACUCUGCUGAGAACUGUGCACAGCAUCAUGGACACAGCCCCAAAGGCCUCUCUGAAGGAUAUCAUCCUAGUCGACGAUCUCAGCCAGCAAGGGCCCCUGAAGUCAGCUCUGAGUGAAUACAUCUCUAAGCUGGAAGGUGUGAAACUUAUACGGAGCAACAAGAGGCUUGGAGUCAUCCGAGGUCGGAUGCUAGGAGCUGCACGGGCAACUGGGGAUGUGCUUGUCUUCAUGGAUUCACACUGCGAGUGUCAGAAGGGCUGGCUGGAACCCCUCCUAGCCAGGCUGUCCAGCAACCGAAACAGUGUCGUCUCCCCUGUCAUAGAUGUCAUAGACUGGAAGACUUUUCAGUACUAUCACUCUGUAGGCCUGCAUCGAGGUGGUUUUGAUUGGAAACUAGAUUUUCAUUGGGAACGAGUGCCAGAGCGUGAAGAGAAGGUACGACAGUCUCCCAUCAGCCCUAUCAGGAGUCCUGUGGUAGCUGGUGCAGUGGUGGCCAUGGAUCGACAUUUCUUCCAAAACACUGGAGCUUAUGAUUCUGACAUGACCAUGUGGGGAGCAGAAAAUCUGGAGCUAUCUAUAAGGGUAAGAACCUUAAUUAAAACAUCAAGCUGUGGUAACUCUCUAGAAAUUAUUCCAUGCUCCCAAGUUGGGCAUGUCUAUCGAAAUCACUUUCCUCAUGCUUUCUCCUAUGAAGAGGCCAUUAUAAGGAAUAAAAUCCUAAUAGCUGAGAACAUGCAGCUGCUGUGGAUUAGGAGCAUUAUGUCAGGAAAAGGAAGUUUCACUGGCUAUCACUAUGUGCCUGAGGACUGA